CAGGGAAAGUUACCAGUUGAAUUCUGGCAGAGCUCAUUGGAGAUCGAGACCCGGGGAGGGGAUUCGGCUGUCCCGGAGAGCAGCCGGGCGCGCUGGGUGUGCGCGCGGGAUGGCCCGCGGCUGGCCGCAGCUCCCCGGAGCUCUGACCUCCAGCAUUGCGCGGGUGGGGUUCGGACCACCCCAUCUCCCAGCCCAGAGGAGCGCGUUUCCGUGACCUGGUGUCUUCACGCCGGGAAGCUCUCAACGGGACGUCUGCGCCUGUGACCGCAGUCAAGGUCCCCCGGAGCAGGCAGGAGAGACCCCGGGAAGGACCUGGCCGGUUGGCGCUGUAGCCAAGGGCGCGGCGGCGGGAACGCGGGGACCCGAUUCCUCCCGGGCCGCGGCCGCGACGGAAUAGUAGGGACGUGCCAGGCGCUGCUCUUUCUCACGCCCGUGCCCCCGAAUUCUGAGGCUUAAACCCUCCCCGACCACCACCCCAAGGGAAGUAACUCCUUCCUCGAAACCAGGAUCGCGGUGGGAGCAGCGCGCAAUUCGGAGAAAAGUCAAGUGGCCGCGCUCUCCGCGCCCCCACCCCUGCAGCCCCCCGAGGGUGCCCAUUCAUCCCUGGGGCGCAUGGGCCGGUGCGGCAGCGGCCGAAGCCGCCGCCCAGCCCCGCGCCCUGCGGCGGCCCCUCUGCCCACUCCCGCGCCGGGCGCGCCCGGGGCCUCGGAAGGACAGCACCCGGCGGCGGCCAGCUCCCACCAGUCUGCCCGGCCCGCCGCGCCCCGCCGGGACCGCCUCCUUCGGUAAAUACGGCCGUGGCCCGCCCUCCGCGCGCCGACGCGCAGGUGGAGUGUGCGGUGCGGGCCGAGGCAGCGCGCACAGGCGGACGCCGCGCCCAGCCGGGGGCCCAGGCCAGCGCCGUCCGGUCGCCCCGGGGACGCCCCGCCGUCCGCCCGCCGCGCGCACGUUGGACUGGGGUCUCAGGGCAGCCAUUGUCUGAAGUUCCAGCACCACUGAUUCUGUCCUCGUGUGAUUUCUGAAGCAGUCAGCGAAAAGAACAGGGCAGGGCAGGAACACCUGUGCCCACUUUCAUCUCUUGGGUUCUGUUUGCAGAGCUCUUGAAACCACUGGAGGGAAGGAAGCUGGGCCGGGCCAGGCAGGCCGCCUCUGGUCAUGUCUCCAGCGGCUGCUGCUGUGGCCACGGCCGAGCCGGACGAAGUCCAGCGAGACCGACGCAUCAGCAGGCUCAUUUUCUUCUUCUUCAUCUUCGGUGCCAUCCUGUUGUGUGUAGGGGUCCUGCUAUCCAUCUUCGGGUUCCAGGCCUGCCAGUAUGAGAAACUCCCAGAUUGCAGCAUGGUGCUGAAGGUGGCCGGGCCGGCAUGUGCUGUGGUGGGGCUGGGGGCUGUGAUCCUGGCCCGCUCCCGGGCCCGGCUUCAGCUCCAGGAGAGGAGGCAGCGCGGCCUCCAGCUGGACCCUGACCGAGCCUUCCUCUGCGGGGAGAGCCGCCAGUUCGCCCAGUGCCUCAUCUUUGGAUUUCUGUUCUUGACUAGCGGCAUGCUCAUCAGCAUCCUGGGCAUCUGGGUGCCCGGAUGUGGCUCAGCCUGGGCACAGGAAUCCAUGAAUGAGACAGACACGGCCGAAGCAGAACCCCAGAUCUGUGGCUUACUGUCCCUGCAGAUCAUGGGGCCUUUGGUUGUGCUCAUUGGAUUGUGUUUCUUCGUGGUGGCCCAUAUUAAGAAGAAAAACAACUUGAAUGUGGAUCAUGAGACCUCGGAAAGUGAAGAGAGGCAGACCCAGAGCACAGAGCCCGUGCAGGUCACUGUGGGUGAUGCUGUGAUAAUAUUCCCCCCACCCCCACCGCCUUACUUUCCCGAGUCUUCAACUUCGGCCAGAGCUCCAAGUCCCGGGGCUAACAGCUUGCUUCCGAGUGAAAACCCACCUUCCUACUACAGUAUUUUUAACUAUGGGACGCCAGUGUCCAGGGGCCAGGGUGCGUUCUCUGAGCGAGAGCGAGAUCCCAUCUAUACUAUUUCCGGGACGACUUUGUUUCCUGAGACCUCGCACACGUCACACCUUGCCUCAGAACUGCCUCCCCGAUAUGAGGAGAAAGAAACUCCGGCCACCUCGUCUUCGUCUCCAGCUUCCCGCUCUUCCCCUCCGUGACUGAGCGACUCCACAAUUUUAUAUGUAUCUGAUCACUAUUUUAUUUAACUUGUCUUUUUUAAUAAAAAAUAGAGAACAGGC